CGUCGUUAGCUUCCUGGCUAACAGCGCCGACGACAUGGCAUCACAGGACCAACCUGACCAGCAAAAUCAGAAUGCUGCUCCAGCCAGAGAAGAUGCAGCUCCGAGAGAAGCGCUGAUUGCUACGGCAGUGAGGUUUCUACAAAACCAGCAGGUUCGUCAAAGCCCCCUGGCAACCAGAAAAGCUUUCUUGAAGAAAAAAGGUCUGACUGACGAGGAGGUUGAUUUGGCCAUCCAGCGGACCGGUAAUACAGAGGACUCACUAGCUCUUGCAGUUCCGGGACCUGUGCACUUUGCUCACCCUGUUCCUCUGGCCCCGCACAGUCCCUCAGGUUACAGAUGGAGAGACUACAGUGCCCUGGCUGUCAUCCUGGCAGGAAUAGCCUUUGGCUUCCAUCAUCUCUACCGGAAAUACAUCCUUCCCCUCAUUAUGGGCAGCAAAGAGGACAAGAAGCAUCUGCAGCGGAUCGAGAGCAACAUCGCGGAUAUGAGUGGCACGCUGACACAGACAGUCACCCAGCUGCAGAUGACCCUGGCUUCGGUGCAGGAGCUGCUGGUCCAACAACAGAAGAAAAUUCAGGAGCUGACACAAGAGCUGGCUAACUCACAGGCUUCGUCUGCCACCAACCGCAUGCUGGAGUCUCAGAGCAUCAGCGAACUCAAGGCUGAGAUUGUGUCUCUUAAGGGUCUUCUCCUCAGCAGGAGACAGUUCCCUGCUUCACCAUCCGUUCCAAAAAUCCCAUCAUGGCAAAUCCCUCUCAAACCGGGGUCGCUGUCCAACCCGCCCUCAGUCAACCACACCAACAGCAGCAGUGACAUUUCACCGGUUAGCAACGAGUCAGCUAAUUCCUCUCCCAUCAAAGAGGGCAGCAGCUCUCAGGCCACCCCAUCCAGCUCGCUCUGCCUGAACGGAGAUGUGGGCCUGGGCUCCCUUCACCCUCUAGACCUGAAAGACCAGGUCCGUAUGGAAGUGCAAGGAGAGGAAGAAAAGAAAGAGGACGAUGAGGAAGAGGAAGACGAGGAGGAUGAUGAUGACGACGUGACCCACGCGGACGAGGAAGAUCAUCUGAGCGUGCAGACGGAGGACAGAAGAGGAGGCGAUGGACAGAUAAAUGAGCAAGUAGAGAAACUACGGCGUCCAGAGGGUGCGAGUAAUGAGAGCGAAGUUGAUUAGAGCUAAAAAAUUCCCACACCCGGACUUCAUCCGUCCAUCUGCUCCUCUUGGUUUUCCCAGGUUUCCUUAGAGUUAAUUUAAGUUUUGAAAUCACACCCCUGUUGCAGUAAAACGGCUACCGUGUGCAUCAUUUAGCACUGCACAAGAGCUGCAGGUGAGGGGGAUUAUGUUCUUUUCACUGCAGUGCUUUACCCUUUUGACUUUUCCACAUGCAAACUUUCAACGUGCAAACCAGAGCGACAGCACAAACCUUCUGCAUGCCUGAACAAGCACAGCAACAGACAUUUUUGGAAAGACCAUGAGAGAAUUAUGACUUCUUUUUUUUGUUUGUGUGUGUUUUGCAAUCAGUCAGUCCAUACGAUUUUCCUUAAUGCUAGCUAUUUUACUGAAUACUGUAGUGGUUCAAAAAAAGUCUGUUUAAAGUGUUAGCUUGCCUAAAAAUGACAAUUCUGACAUCAUUUAAUCACCCUCAUG